AGCAGCAUCACAACCCCUCUCCCAGGUCUAUCAAUUCGUGACGUGAAGCCCUCAAUUGCCCAGCAUGCCGCUACAACUUCACCCCAUCACGUCGCCCGACGACAUCGAAACCUUUACUUCCAUCCAGAGCGCCGCAUUUGCCUACGGCGGCGGCAUGACCGCUGCAAUGGCACCCGACCCUCUUCCCGAAGGAUGGGCGGAGAAGAACAUUGAGAAGAACCUCAAAUCCUGGCGCGAAGAGCCCGAUGUGUUCUAUCUCAAGGUUGUCGACACGGACAUUGAUGGCGGCAAGAUGAUUGCCGGGGCCAAGUGGCGCAUCAACGAAAAGGAGCGCAGUCAAGAGGCGGCGCAAAGGAUGUAUCCCAGUGCCGACAAGGGGGCAAGCCAGGCCACGGUAGACUUCAUGGCGCACCUGAGCAGAGUACGCAAACAGUACAUGGGUACCAAGCCCUUCUGCUUGCUGCACCUUCUGGUGACACAUCCGGACCAUCACCGCAGAGGCGCAGGCACUAUGCUGCUGGAAUGGGGCCUCAGCAGGGCAGACAAGGCCCGUCUUCCUAUACUUCUCGAGGGAUCGCGCAUGGGCCGGCCAUUGUAUCAAAGAGUGGGGUUCCAGGUCAAGGAAAUCGUUACUUUUGAUCUGGCAAAGUAUGGCCACGAGGGCACGGAUGAGAACAUUGUCAUGAUCAGGGAGCCUGCAGUCGCCGCGACAUGAAAUAAACACUAUGCUCUUCG